AUGGUGAUCAUGGAUUUGUGCAUACCUCUGUUGUGGGAAAAGGUUCGUUUGGGUCUUAAAGAUGAAGACUCUGGACACAGUCUUUGGAUCUUAAAACGUUUAAUCACAAAGCAGGAUUUUGGUAUCGUACUUAUAAUUGUUGAUGUUGUUCUUGUAAUUGUGGAUUUGUCAACUGCAAAUAAAAGUAAGCCCUUCAGACAUGGAAUUGUAGGUGUGUCGUUGGCUAUAUCUUUCUUCUUCGUUAUUGAUGUUCUCCUUCGAAUCUUUGUGGAAGGGUUCCGUGUGUAUUUUCAUUCCAAGCUUAACAUUUUGGAUGCUGUUAUUGUGGUCGUGACCCAGGUUAUUACAAUGGUGUAUGCCUUUUCUGAUUUGAGCGGAGCAACUCUCAUUCCCAGGGUGGUUACGGUCUUUCGAGUUCUUCGAGUUGUCAUCUUGGUUAGAAUUUUCAGGCUUGCCUCACAGAAAAAGCAUCUUGAAAAGGCCACAAGAAGAAUGGUGUCUGAAAAUAAAAGGCGCUAUCAAAAGGAUGGAUUUGACUUGGACCUUACUUACAUUACUGAUCGGGUCAUUGCCAUGUCAUUCCCCUCCUCUGGAAAGCAGUCAUUAUACAGAAAUCCAAUUGAGGAAGUUGCAAGAUUUUUUGACACCAAGCACAAAGAUCACUAUAAAGUCUAUAACCUAUGCAGUGAAAAAGGCUACAACCCAAGAUUUUUUCAUUACAGAGUGGAAAGAGUUUUCAUUGAUGACCACAACGUGCCUGCUCUGGAGGACAUGCUGAAAUUUACAGCUAAUGUUCGGGAUUGGAUGGCGGCUGAUGAGAAAAAUGUUAUAGCAAUUCAUUGCAAAGGUGGUAAAGGCAGGACAGGAACAAUGGUCUGUACCUGGUUGAUUGACAGUGAUCAAUUUGAGAAUGCAAAGGAAAGUUUGGAUUACUUUGGGGAAAGAAGAACCGACACAAGUGUCAGCUCAAAAUUUCAGGGGGUGGAAACUCCCUCCCAGAGCAGAUAUGUUGGCUAUUAUGAAGUAAUGAAAAAUGAGUACAAACGACAACCUCCACCUCCGAAGAAACUAAAAAUGAAAAGCAUCAGAAUUUAUUCAAUUCAUGGUGUUGGUAGGAACAAUGGCAGUGACUUGAAAGUUGAAAUAAUUGUGAAGAAGGUGCUUGUAUUUCAGUGUGUUUGUGCAACACAGGAAAACUGUAAGCUGUUCUUUGAUGCUGGGAGUAACUCUGCAAUAAUUAGCUUGGAGAAUGGGCCUGAAGUGAGUGGUGAUGUUAAAGUCAGAUUUGAAUCUAAUGGGGGCCUACCUAAAGGUUAUGACGACUGUCCAUUCUACUUUUGGUUCAACACAUCAUUCAUUGUAAAUAAUAGGCUCUGCUUGUCCAGGGAUGAACUUGACAACCCACACAAGCCAAAAACCUGGAAAAUCUACAGUGAAAAAUUUGCAGUUGAGGUGAAUUUUGAUGAUCCUGAUUCCAGUUAAUCUAGUACCACAGGAACAGAAUAAGCAGAGAAUGACUCCAGGCAGUCUGUAAUGUAAAUAUUAUUUUGGGAGUCUGGUACUGCCUUCAGUGGGGAGGAGGGGAGAGACAAUAUUGUGGGAACUUCUACUUGCUGCAAGAUAUUCCAGUUUAAAAACUUUUUUGUACUGAAAGGAAAAACUGUUGGAAAAUGGUCAAAGUCAUUGUUCUGGUGUGGCAGUGUACUCUCUUAAUGUCGAACCUUUUUCAGCCUAUUUUUCCUUAAGAUUGCCAGUGUUGUAUUUACCUCAAAGAGGGUUGAUUAUCAGUGAUCCCAGGACUGGAUUAGACUUUUUUAAAAAAAGAACUUUGAUAUUUUUACUUGUCCAGUGCUUUCUUUCUCUGACAGAAUAUGAACAAUCAGCAAUGUUACAACAGCAUUAAUAAAUGCAAUUUCCCCCUGUCCCAUACCCUUUAAGCUGAUUUUAAAAAAAUGUUAUGAUUUGUCCUCUACUACUUCAGUAGCCUGAAUGUAUUUAACCAUCAUUGUGCAGUAUUCAGGCAAAAGAUUACAACCACAGCACUGCACCUGUGGAUGGGAAAGGAACAAGAGGCCUGCACAGCACAGGCAGCAAUGUAAUUAUCCUAUUAAGUGAUCUAACUGUUCAUAUCUGCUUAAUGAAGUGGUAUUUCUGUCUGCUACAAACCUUGAGCCUAGGUCACUUUCAAUGGAACUGUGUACAUUUCCUGUCUGAUUUCUAGCACACUAAAACAUGAUUGUAGUAUGGGUGGUAAUGUUUGUUCAACUGUUAUAAAAUGCAUCUAUCACUGUAGAGUUCUUGAAUUUCUCAAUAAAUAGUAAAAUGCUGAUUUCCUAGUUUGAGAUUCCUCCUAGCCAUUGUAGCAGAUAUUAGCUGAUGUUUUCUUAAUAGAAUUGACAUGUGAUAUUGUAACUUGGUAAUGUUUACAGAAGGGUAAAAGGAUCCAGUUCCUGCUCUUUUCCUACAUAAGUAGAUGCUACAUUUGGGAAGUAGGACAAGUGUAAUAGGUAUGUGUAAUUUUUUUUUGAAUGAAGUGACAUAGUUGUGCUUUUCAAUGCCAAACUGUAUUAGGCAUCUUACUUGCCUGAACUAGAGCUUUGUAGUGUAAAUUCCACUUUACACUUGAUCAUUCCCAACAU